CAUUGUAGUUAGAGCAUACAUUGUGGCACAACCGACACCCGAUCUUUGACUAGGGGUGAUUGUUUUCUGCAAAUUUUUAGAUCAUUACGUUAGGAACCUAGCGGUGCGACGAGCUAUCAAAUAUACGCUCCAGCAGAAUGGCAACGAUGCAGUUUUCGCGCAACCUGUUGCAGCAAUGCGGCCAAGGUAAAGUUUCAGCCGCCUUCUAUGGCACCGUAUCGGCAGGGAACCAGAAGCUCCGUCAGAUCAUCCAACAUCAGCUCGACGACAUCCGGGAGGCUGGAACGUACAAAAGCGAACGCAUCAUAACCACGCCACAAGCCACAACCAUCGGCGUGGAGGGAAGCAGCGGUAAAAUUCUCAACUUUUGCGCCAACAACUACCUCGGCCUUUCGGCAAAUGGGGACGUUAUCAACUACGGCAAGAAAGCCCUCGAUGAGUAUGGUGCCGGGUUGAGCUCGGUGCGGUUCAUCUGCGGCACGCAGGACAUCCACAAGCAGCUGGAACGCAAACUGUCCGCGUUUCACCAGCGCGAGGACACGAUCCUGUACGCGUCCUGUUUCGACGCGAACGCGGGCAUUUUUGAAGCCGUCCUCACGCCCGAGGAUGCCGUGUUCUCGGACGAGCUAAACCACGCGUCCAUCAUCGACGGUAUCCGGUUGUGCAAAGCGAAGAAAGCACGCUAUCUGCACCGCAACAUGGCCGAUCUGGAGGAGAAACUGCGUACGACGGACGCCCGGGUCAAGAUGAUCGUCACCGACGGGGUGUUCUCGAUGGACGGCAACGUGGCCCCGCUUCCGGAGAUCUUCGAGCUAGCUGACCGAUACGGAGCGGUAACGUUCGUGGAUGAUUGUCACGCGACGGGCUUCUUCGGAAACACUGGACGUGGCACGGAGGAGUUCUACGGCAUGCUUGGUCGGUGCGACAUCAUCAACUCUACGCUCGGCAAGGCGCUGGGUGGUGCGGCCGGUGGUUAUACGACCGGUCCGAAGGAACUAGUAGAUCUGCUGCGCCAGAAGUCCCGUCCGUACCUGUUCUCCAACUCACUGCCACCACCGGUCGUCGCCAGCGCCCAGAAGGUGCUCGACAUGCUGAUGGAAUCGAGCGCACUGACGGCGAAAGUGCAGAGCAAUACGCGCCGCUUCCGGAAGGCGAUGACCAAUGCCGGUUUCACUAUCUCCGGCAUGGACCAUCCGAUCAGUCCGGUGAUGCUGGGCGAUGCCCGACUGGCGUCGACCUUCGCGGACGAGAUGCUGAAGCGGGGAAUCUACGUGAUCGGCUUCAGUUAUCCGGUGGUGCCGAAAGGCAAGGCACGCAUCCGGGUGCAGCUGUCGGCGGCUCACUCCGAGGAGGAAAUCGACCGGGCCGUGGCCGCGUUCAUCGAGGUAGGUAAGCAACUGGGUGUGGUGUCGUAGUUUGAAAGCCGACGCGCUUUGGUGGAAGCUAUCCACGGAAGUAAACGGACGGGUUUAUGUUGCAAAUU